CACAGACCAUCAUCAUCACCUUCAUUCAACAUGCUGUCAUUAGACUAUUAUUUACAUUCCCUACUGUUAGUUUCCAUUCUAAGAGGGGUCAGCUGUGAAGAUCUCACUGCAUUACAGGAAGAAGAGUUCAGUCCAGAAGGCAGCUCUGUUACUCUGUCCUACAGAUACUCCAAGGUUGCUGAAUUGGAUGAUUAUUUCUUCUGGUAUCGACAAUAUCCAGGAAAACCACCAGAGUUCAUCAUCUCUCAUUUAGGAACUGGAGGAAUACUUAAAGAUCCAAUCCCUGGACUGAAUAUUACAGUGGAGUCAAACCAAAUCAAUCUGAGCCUCUCCUCUGCUGCAGUGACAGACUCUGCUGUGUUCUACUGUGCUGUGAGGCCCACAGUGACAGGAAACACCAACACUCUGUACACAAACACCAGCUGACACACUGACAAGCUGCUGGAAGCCUUUUCUCCACACUGUUGUACUGAGCUGUUCACCUCCACUAGAGGGCCACAUUAUCAAGUAGGCGGUGCACGUCUUCUGCACUGUGUUCAACCAUCCAGUCAAUAAGAAGUGCUGCUGUGAAGAGAACCAUCCUCACACUGAAUGCUGAACAUCAGCUACUUCCUGCUGCUGAUUUAAACCUUGUUGUAGAGAUGGAACAUUGGCUGUGGAUUAUUCUUGCUGCUCUCUCCUUUGAGUGUAAAGGACAAGACACAGUGACCCAGCCAGCAGGAGAUGUCAGCGCUACUGAAGGAGACACAGUUACACUUGACUGCACAUUUCAGACAUCUAAGACAGCCUAUCUGUUCUGGUACAAACAAGAAGUCAAUGGUUACCCAAAGUACAUGCUGAAGCGUUUCUCAGGAGGUCGAGAUAAUGCUGAAGAGUUCAAGGAAGACAGAUUUGAGGCUACACUCAACAAGACAUCAGUUCCUCUGCAGAUCUCCUCUGCUGCAGUGACAGACUCUGCUGUGUACUACUGUGCUCUGAGGCCCACAGUGACAGGAAACACCACAACUCUGUACAAAAACCUUUGGAGCAAAGACAACACAAUACUGCACAACAUCCACCAGAGAUUCUCUCUGAAAAACUCCAACAGUAUAUUACAAAACAGUUUAUUAUUAACUCUGUACAAAAACCUUUGGAGCAAAGACAACCAGCUCGGAGACAACAGCCCCACAUUCAUCCUGAGCCGCUUUAAGAUCGGCACGGGGAAAACAGAGGACGAGGACAGAUUCUCAUCCACACUGAAUUCAAGCUUAAGAUCCGUUCCUCUGAAGAUCCAGAAGCUUCAGCUGUCUGACUCUGCUGUGUACUACUGUGCUGUGAGGCCCACAGUGACAGGAAACACCAACACUCUGUACAAAAACCUUUGGAGCAAAGACAACACAAUACUGCACAGCAUCCACCAGAGGGAGUCUCUCUCUGGGUCAGCUGUGAAGAUCUCACUGCAUUACAGAAAGAAGAGUUCAGUCCAGAAGGCAGCUCUGUUACUCUGUCCUACAGAUACUCCAAAGAAGCAACUGGUUCAGGAAGAGGUUGUUAUUUUGGUACCACAGGGCCAGCUGGUUCACUUCCUUCCUGUAGUUAGUCUCAUCGUUGUGGCUGAUGAGACUAACUACAGUUGA